CGACUCCGCCCCCGGAGACGGCUCGCGGCGAGAAACGACACCGGGAGGGGAGGGGGGGGCAAAAAACUAACGGAAAUAGAUGUAGAGUGAGGAAACACGGCGGUUACAGCGGGAGGCGCCGCCGCGGCCCCCGUGCGUGUCCCAACGCCCCCUGCGCAGAUGGGAUGGUCCACUUCCCUCCUCCCCGCCGUCAGAUGGUCGGGCCCGGGCGCACCCGCUGCUGUGGCCCCCCCGGCGCCGCCCCCGCCAUGAACUGCCGCGCCGAGGUGCUGGAGGUGUCGGUGGAGGGGCGGCAGGUGGAGGAGGCCAUGCUGGCCGUGCUCCACACCGUCCUGCUGCACCGCAGCACCGGCAAGUUCCACUACAAGAAGGAGGGCACCUACUCCAUCGGCACCGUGGGCACCCAGGACGUGGACUGCGACUUCAUCGACUUCGCCUACGUGCGAGUCUCCUCCGAGGAGCUGGACCGGGCCCUGCGCAAGGCCGUGGGGGAGUUCAAGGACGCUCUGCGCGGCUCCGGCAGCGACGGGAUGGGGCAGAUCUCCCUGGAGUUCUACCAGAAGAAGAAGUCGCGGUGGCCCUUCUCGGAUGAGUGCAUCCCCUGGGAGCUCUGGACCAUCAAGGUGAACGUGGUGAACCUGGCCAACGAGCAGGAGCGGCAGAUCUGCCGCGAGAAGGUGGGCGAGAAGCUCUGCGAGAAGAUCAUCAACAUCGUGGAGGUGAUGAACCGCCACGAGUACCUGCCCAAGAUGCCCACCCAGUCCGAGGUGGACAACGUCUUCGACACCAGCCUGAAGGACGUGCAGCCCUACCUGUACAAGAUCUCCUACCAGAUCACGGACUCCCUGGGCACCUCGGUCACCACCACCAUGCGCCGGCUCAUCAAGGACACGCUGGCGCUGUAGGGCUGGGGUCACCCCGGCAGGGUCACCCCGGCUGGUGGCACCUCCUGGGGACAAGAGGCUCUGCUUGGAUCCCCUUCUCCACCUCCAGAAAGCCUCUGGAAGGAGCUGGGCUCGGCCUGGCCUGUAAUUGGGGGUUGCUGCUCCUUGGUCUUGUCCGUCCUGGAGAACCGGCUCGGCAGCUCUGGCCUGGCUGAUGACGGGGGUGAGUCCUCGGGGCACGUGUGGCACCGGCUUGGCGUGGCACUGGGGCCUGGCACGGGGGUGCUGGGGCCUGGCACGGGGGUGCUGGGGCCUGGCACAGGGUGUUGAGGGGCGGAGUGACACCUGAACCCCCCCCCGAAGCACAUUUGGUGUCACAGCCAGUGUCCCUUGUCACCAACUGUCCCCCCCCCCGGUGUCACCCUGUUCCCUGGGAACUGGAACUGCCCCAAAAAUAAAGUGUUCCUGCUUUCA